AUGAAUGAAGGGGACACGGGCGUUGCAGGUGAAGGACCAGCUCCUCUGGGGACCCUUUGCUGUAGGCUGAGGGGCAGGAUCUCAGGUCCUGGAGGGAAGAACAGCCCCACCACCCCUCUCAGCCCCCCAAGAACAUCGAGAAUGGCCCCCGAGUCUCGCCAGGAGACUGAAGAGGCUGAGGAAGAGGCUCUCCCAUCCCGGCUGGACCGAGAGCCGGUCAGUGGCCACCUGGGUCCUCCAGCUGACACACCCACAGGCCCGGUGGCUCCCGAGUGCCCGCAGUACACCAAGCCCGGCUCCACACAGGUGGUCUUCUCCGCCAACCUGCAGUUGGCCCCUGAGUCCCUGGACCCCCGCACCCUGCAGCGGCUGUGGGGGCAGCGGGAACUGGAGAUCCAGGCCCUGCGGUGGGCCAUACAGAACCACUGGGACGCCCGGCACUGCCACAUCCUGCAGGAGGUGGCUGGGCUUCCAUCUGACAGGAGUUUGUGCAGGCAGCACAAGUUCCUGCAGAACCAGGUCCAGAAGCUGACUCUGGAGUUGAAAGAGCAGAAGGAACAGGCCCAGCUGGAGAGAGCGCACCUGGAGGAGCGGCUGCAGCAGACCAUGAACACUUUGCAGCAGCUGGAGGUCGAGCUGCAGGCCUACCAGAAGUCCUGCCUCCUGCAGCUGGCCCACUCCUCCUGGGUCGGCCGCAUGCUGCGAUCUUCCACUGGCAGCGUGGAGGUAGUGACCGCAGAGACCCUGGUGGACUCCAGUGACCUCUCUGAGAACGAGCAGGCCCGCACUGCUGGGAAGGGUUUCCGGCUGGAGGAUGUGGACUGGAACAGCAUUGCCCACCGGUACCCCAACCUCUUCACCAACAUGGAGUCCAGCUUAGAUCAAAAGCACUCCCGGCCACCGCUGCCCCCACAGCUCUCACCAGCCUCAUCACCUGAGGAGUGGGGCUCGGAGCUGCGCAAGCGCCGCGUGGAGCAGCGUCUCAAGAGCGUGGAGUGGAGCUCCCUGCCCUUGGAGGGCACCAGCAGCUCGGGGGGCUCCUACUCCAACUCCAGCAGCUGCCAGCUGGCCAGGCGUUAUCGCAAGCAGAAGCUGACUGGGCACCCGCCCCGGGCACCACACCGUGCUUCUGAGCAGAUAGUGGCACAGGCCAGGAGCUUCAGCGGGGACGACCAGGCAGAGCGUGAAGGUGGUGGGCACGUCUCCCCUGGGUCCAGCCAUCCCUCCUGCCCUGGCUCUGACCCCGGGUGCUGCUCCUCUCCCAUAUGGACCCUCAAGGCGCUGCAGGCCGGGUCCCGUCUCGCAGAUGUCCCCAGUGGGCGCUCUAUAGGGGGGUCCCCCUCCCGGACAGGUCUCCAGAAAACCCACGGGGACCUGCCGGGAAAGACCGUCGCCCUGGUGCCCGAGUCCUCUUCAGGUCCCGACCCCGGGCAUCCCGGGCACUGUUGGAGCGCCACCGGCUGCUGCCUGAAGAUCGUGGCCGUGAGCCGCCGCGAGAGGUUCGUCCGCAUCCUCAACCAGUCGCUGGAGGAGACGGCCGACCUGGGCGGCUUCACGCUGCAGCAGCUCGUGCGCGACUUCCCCGUGGGCAUCUACCGCUUCCCGGCCGGCACUCUGCUGGCGCCGCGCCACCACGUCACGGUGUGGGGUGAGGGGCCCCCCGGCACCAAGAAGCAGCCGCCCUCGUCCUUGGGCGACGAGCCCGUCCACUUCCACUCCGGCCGGAGCUGCGUGACUCGCCUCCUGAACCCCAAGGGCGAGGUCCUCAGCGAGUACCAGGCCCCGCACUGCGUGACCCCCCUCUCUAGGGUCUUCGCCGACAACACUGACUUGUCCAUCGACCGCUUCCCGCUCUCAGAGGCCGGGCGCGGGGCCGACCCGGACGACCAGCGGCGCCGGCCUCAACCCCCGCGCAAAGGCCGGGUGCGGGAGGACCGGGCCGGGCGCUGGAGGCCGAGGACGCGGCUCCUCUUGCCACUCCUGAGCGUCUGCAAGCUCUUCCGCGCGCGGGAGGUGCUGGCGCGGCCCGAGCGCACCGAGACCCACACACCGGAGCUCUUGCCCGCCCUCCCCGAGGCCGGGCUGGGCCUGGAGGUCGGCCAGGCUAGGAAGGAACACAAGGUCCGGGUGUGCCGGAAGAGCGUGGACCGGAGCUGCCCGAUGGUGGCGCUGUCGGUGCAGAGCACGGCCGAGAGCAGAUUCGGCUUCCGCUUCCUCCCCUGCCCGCCCAUCACCGCGGACGGGUGCGGGCGGGUGUAGGGCGGCUGUGGGGCGGCGCCGACGGGCGGGGGAGCGGGCGGGCAAUACAGGCGCCUGCGCUCA